CACUAUAAAUAUAUUAUUAGUAUUCGCUUCGCUCAUUCAACGCCUUCUCCUUCUCCAAGAAAAUGGCUCACCCGCCGCAACCGGACUCGUUCUCAGAGUCCCGUCUAGACUCUGACGCCGGAGCUGUCUUUGUUCUCGAAUCCAAAGGGAAAUGGUGGCAUGCGGGGUUUCAUCUGACGACGGCGAUCGUGGGACCGACGAUCCUGACGCUACCGUAUGCAUUUAGAGGGCUGGGAUGGAGCCUGGGCUUCCUGUGUUUAACGGUGAUGGGAUGCGUGACGUUCUACUCCUACUAUCUCAUGUCGUUGGUGCUGGACCACUGUGAAAAAGCUGGUCGCCGUCACAUACGCUUCCGAGAACUGGCCGCCGAUGUUUUAGGAUCAGGAUGGAUGUUCUAUUUUGUGAUAUUUAUUCAAACAGCCAUUAACACUGGGGUUGGAAUAGGAGCUAUUUUGCUUGCAGGGGAAUGCCUCCAGAUCAUGUAUUCGAACCUUGUCCCCCACGGAUCGUUGAAACUGUACGAAUUCAUAGCAAUGGUAACGGGGGUGAUGAUAAUUCUGUCUCAGAUGCCAACAUUCCAUUCCCUCAGACAUCUCAAUUUUGCUUCUCUGGUUCUCAGCUUGGCCUACACAUUCCUUGUGGUUGCUGCUUGUAUCCACGCAGGUCUGUCUGAAAACGCCCCUCAUAGAGACUAUUCAUUGGAAUCUAAAAGUUCAUCAAGGAUGUUUAGUGCCUUCACUUCUAUCUCCAUAAUAGCUGCCAUUUUUGGGAAUGGGAUUCUACCUGAAAUACAAGCAACACUGGCUCCACCUGCUACAGGGAAGAUGGUGAAAGGACUCGUAAUGUGUUACAGUAUAAUUUUGGUUACUUUCUACUCAGCUUCAGCUUCUGGAUACUGGGCUUUUGGAAACAAAUCCAAUUCAAACAUUCUCAAGAGUCUAAUGCCUGAUGAUGGACCAACCUUGGCCCCAACAAUCCUCAUUGGCCUUGCAGUUAUCUUUGUUCUUUUGCAGCUAUUCGCCAUUGGCCUGGUUUACUCUCAAGUUGCGUAUGAGAUUAUGGAAAAGCAAUCAGCUGAUGUAAAGCAAGGGAUGUUUUCAAAGAGGAAUCUCAUCCCCAGGCUAAUUCUUCGGACUCUGUAUGUUGCAUUCUGCGGUUUUAUGGCAGCAAUGCUACCCUUUUUCGGUGACAUCAAUGGUGUCAUAGGUGCCAUUGGCUUCAUCCCAUUAGAUUUCAUCCUCCCCAUGCUUCUCUACAACAUGACCUACAAGCGCUCGAAAUCGUGGCUCGCCUACUGGAUCAUCUGUUAAUCAUAGUCUUGUUCACCGUGUCGGGGUUAUGGGAGCUUUCUCCUCUACCAGGAAGUUGGUUCUUGAUGCCACCAGUUUCAAGCUCUUUAGCAG